AGUUUUCUUGUUCUUCGUUAUUUAAAAAAAAAAGGAUUCGAAAUCGGAGAGAGAGGGAAAUUUCAGUGUUCUUGAAUGAUUUAGUUUAGUAAUACAGCCUUGAUUCCACGCGAUCAAUCGUUUCGAUUUCGAAUACAGAAUCCGAAGGGAUUUGGGAUUUGGAGGCCAUACGAUUUCGAUUUGUUGCCUUCAACUCUGUCUCUUUCGAUCCUUUUUCUUGUUCUUCCUUUACAAAAUCCCUUUCUACUUUUUCACUGAAAAUUUCCAUUUCUUUCCAUCAACAAAAAGAAGGGAACGCUGAGAAUCUGGAUUUGGGUUUGAAUUCUUAGGCCGAAGAUCCACCAGACAUGGCUCGCACUUGCUGUCAUGUUUCUCUUGCGUUCAUCAUCAAAUGCUUCAAUUUUCUUCAGGCUUUUGUUGGGGUUUCGAUUAUAGUUUAUUCGGCAUGGAUGCUCGAUCGCUGGAACCACCACCUCCCUGUUUCUCCUCCGCCGUCUCCUUUGCCGGCUUUGGCUCCUUCUCCGGCUUCGUUCUAUUUAAGUUCUGAAUCCGUUGCUGUUGCCGAUCGGAUCAUGCCAAUCAAUUUAGCUGCUGAUUUGACACCCGGUUUCGAUACGGAAUUAGAAAUUGAUUUGAACGCCUUCAAGCUUCCAGCUCCUUGGUUCAUCUACUCAUUCAUGGGAUUGGGCAUCUUGUUGUGUUGUAUUGCUUUAGUUGGCUGUAUUGCAGCUGAAGCAAUAAGUGGUUGCUGCCUCUGUUUCUAUAACAUGCUUAUAAUGCUAUUUAUUCUCGUUGAAGUGGCUUUGGUGGCAUUUAUUGGCAUCGAUCGCCGUUGGGAAAAGGAUCUUCCGUUGGACCCAACUGGUGAAUUGGAGGAACUUAGGCAAUUCAUUGAAGAUAACAUCGAUCUAUGCAAGUGGAUCGGUAUCACUGUGAUUUCAACCCAGGCAUUGUCUCUACUGCUAGCAAUUAUUCUGAGAUCCAUGGUUUCAACUCGUAAAACUGAGUAUGAUACAGAAGAGGAGAUUGGUGCUCGAGAUAGAACUCGGGAGCCAUUGCUUAAUCCACCAGGAAAUCAAGCUUCUGGUGCUCAUUUUGACCUUUGGGGUGCUCGAAUGAGAGAGAAGUAUGGAUUGAACAACAGUGACAGAUACAAUUCAUCGAAUCAAAUCUCGUAAACCGAAGAGAAAACUCAAGCAGUCGAAACAGAAAACCUUCCUUGCGCAGAUCAGAGGAACCUCGACGUUACCAGAUUCUCUCUUUGCUACAUCGUGUUAUUUCAACCGAAGGUCGGAACUGUUCCACUAUGUUGUGUGUGCUUUGAUUUUGGUUGGUCUUAUAGGAUAGAUUACAAUCAGCUUUGUGAAAGAACGGAAGGUCCUGGCGUGUGUGAUGAGAUGAGCAUAUCAUCGAAGUUGAGGUGUUCGAAUGAGUUCUAUUUUUCCAUUCUAAUCUUGUAAAAGUAGAUGGUUGAUGAUAACUAAACUGAGUGAGGUCUGAUCUAAUGGAUUAUUUGUAGAAACCUUCUUUAAA